CCACUGCGUCCGCUGUGCUCGCACGCAGGGAAGGGGUGGUGUCCUGAGCGUCAGAGGUUCUCCUGGCUCACCCGAACGCUGGGGGAAGGGUUUCAUCCAAGGACACUAAAAAUACCUGCCGUGUGCACGGCCGAGAAAAGUUCCCGGAGUGCCUAGUCACAGUCAUGACCUUGGGCAAGACAUUUUUCUUGUCUCUGUCUUUGUUUCCACACUGGGAGACAGCUGGGUACACAGCUCGUGGUAGAGUGCCUGCCUUGCCCUGGCUUCUGUCACUAAAAUACCUACAAGCCAGGCAUGGGGGUGGGGGCUGGAAAGUAGCUCAGUGAUUAAGAGCACCGACUGCUCUUCCAGAGGCCCCGGGUUCUGUUCCUAUAUGGUAGCUCACAACUAACUGUCUGUAACUCCAAGACCUGACACCCUCACACAGACAUGCAUUCAGGCAAAACACCAAUGGACAUUUUAAAAAAGCCAGGCAUGGUGAUACCUGCCUGGCAUUCCAGUGCUUGGGAAGCUGAGGCAGCAGGAUAGCCAUGAAUUCCAGGCUAAACUACAAAGUGAGACACCCUAUCUCAGGGCUGCCUCUCCACUCCCACCAGUAACACUGAGUGAAAGCUGCAUUCUAACCCCCGUGUCGUGUCCGGAUGGGACUUAAGGCAGCCAGAAUGGAAGGAGUUUACCUAACACAGGCAGGACAGUAUCCAUUGGAACAAUGACAGACUGCCCGCUCCAGAGGAAAGCUUAAGAAACAGAAGGAAAAGCUGUAGUCAGCAGAUGACUUGUUCUCCUCUUGGAUCAAAAAGGCUCGGAAUAGGGAGCCUGAACGCAGGCCGUGGCAGCCGAGGGUCGGGAUGUCUGCCCUUCUGGUGCCUCCCGUCACUCUGCAGUGCUGGCAGCACUGGCCUCUUUCUUUCUCAUGGUCUCCUUAUGACUCCCAGAAUCCAGAUGGCCGCUGGAGUCUCACGCCAGGCAGCAAGGCAGCAAGUGGAAGGAAGGUGGGAGGCUCAACAUCACGCCUCUCACCUCUCUCCGCACUUACACUUCCCUGAUACCAUCUGCCCACAGUUCACCAGCCCCCUUCCUUGCCAGGGAGACUGGUCCUUUCAUCCGGGCAGUUCCUGCCUGCGUGGGAAUGGGUGCUCUGCUAAGGAGGCGGUGGGGAGGGACUCUGGGUGGACAGGCUCUGCCACUAGCCCAAGGUGGGGUGCAUCUCAGGUUCCUCCACAUGCUGGCUGAGCUUGGCUGCCCUCCAUACCCAGUGCUCUGCCCACCUACUUGGCACCAGAAAGUCAAUUAACACUUAAUUGGCUCCCCCACUUAAAGAAAAGCCCUUCCUCCUCACUUUCCCAGGCAGUUGGAGAGCCAGCUUCAGGAGUGUUGCUGAGCCCCGGAGAGGUGUGCGGUCCUGAGGGGCAGUGCAGAGAGAGCUCUUCCGCACGAUCUGGGGUGAUCUCCAUUUCAUCAUUCACCAGGGCUUCCCCAGCUCUCCAGCCAGAUUUCCAUCUUGGCACCAUGGAUCUGUUUGGCAUCCUGUCUGCUCAUACCCCACAGCAGACGGCCUGUCCAAACUUGACCUGUCUAACCCAUUUCUCAGUGUUGGGCACUGGCGGCCAUCCUUCUUAGCUACCUUGGCACCCAGGUUUCAUCUGCUCUCUGCCAUCUCCCUGCCUACCUUCUCUCUGUUUCUUGAUGUUCCCUUAGGAGUUGCUUAGUGGCUCCACAGCGUUGGUGGGCACCUGCCCCACCCCCUGCUUCAUCCUUUCUGGCAAAUUGGCACCUGUUCUGAGCCUGUUGCCUCAUGCUCACAGAAGGGCUGCCACAGGUUCAGGCAUCCUGGCUCUGAGCGAGCAGGGAGAAGAUGGGGCAGAGGUGGUGCCAGCAGUAGUCCCUUAUCCGCAAAAGCAGAUUCUGUUAAGUCCCCAGUCUAAAGUUGUCCCAUCAACUGCCUGUGGCCGGGAACCCCAGUGUCUCUUCCAGGCGUGGGGGCAGAAAGCCAAACGUAGCUGGUGUGGGUGGUCGCUCUGCGGCCAUCUGUUCCUCCCACUGCCCAGUUCCUGGGCCAGCUCACACUCUCCUGGCUUGCUGUUGUCUUUCCUGUUCUCCAUCCCUUCCCUGCAGAGCCACUGAGAGACUGCAAGAUCCAGGGGAGGCUUCAGACCCCACAGAGUGCUCAAGGGCGGCCCAGGCCCACCUCCUCGGCCCUCAUCUCACCUGACUUCCAGCCCUUUGGCCUCCUGUCAUUCCUUGUCCUUUUGUCUAGGCCUUCCCCCCUACCCCCACCUUGGCCCAGUGCAGCAGGCUCUUUGCACGCCUGGCUCUGCAUGUGCCCUCCUUUGGGCUCUUGUCACUCAGCUCUCAUGUCCACCAAUUCCUUCUGGAGGCAGGGGCUCCAGCAGCCCCGCCCAGCGAUGGCUUAUUACGGGCAGGACACCAGGGGUGGUGGUGCACCCCAUUCGUUCCAGCACCCAGGAAGCAGAGGCAGGCACACCUCUGGUCGGAUUUCCUUCUACAUGACCAACUACGGCGAGGAGGGGACACAUGUGGGGAGCGCUGCUGCCCUGGACCGGACGGACCUAGUGUUUGGCCAAUACCGGGAGGCAGGUGUGCUCAUGUACCGGGACUACCCCCUGGAGCUGUUCAUGGCCCAGUGCUAUGGCAACGUGAGUGACCCAGGCAAGGGACGCCAGAUGCCCGUUCACUAUGGCUGCAAGGAGCGCCACUUCGUCACCAUCUCCUCUCCACUGGCCACGCAGAUCCCUCAGGCGGUGGGCGCAGCCUAUGCCGCCAAGCGCGCCAACGCCAACCGGAUUGUGAUCUGUUACUUUGGUGAGGGGGCAGCCAGUGAAGGGGAUGCCCAUGCCGGUUUCAACUUCGCGGCCACCCUGGAGUGUCCUAUCAUCUUCUUCUGCCGGAACAACGGCUAUGCCAUCUCCACGCCAACCUCUGAGCAGUACCGUGGGGAUGGCAUAGCGGCUCGGGGCCCUGGGUACGGCAUCAUGUCCAUCCGUGUGGAUGGCAACGAUGUGUUUGCAGUAUACAAUGCCACUAAGGAGGCUCGGCGGCGGGCUGUGGCUGAGAACCAGCCCUUCCUCAUCGAGGCCAUGACCUACAGGAUUGGGCACCACAGCACCAGUGACGACAGCUCAGCGUACCGCUCAGUGGAUGAGGUCAAUUACUGGGACAAGCAGGACCACCCGAUCUCCAGGCUGAGGCUGUACCUGCUGAACCGGGGUUGGUGGGAUGAGGAGCAGGAGAAGGCCUGGCGGAAGCAGUCUCGGAAGAAGGUGAUGGAGGCCUUUGAACAGGCUGAGCGGAAGCUGAAGCCGAACCCAAGCCUGAUCUUCUCUGAUGUGUACCAGGAGAUGCCCACGCAGCUGCGCAGGCAGCAGGAGGCCCUGGCACGGCAUCUGCAGACCUACGGGGAGCACUAUCCCCUGGACCACUUUGACAAGUGAGGCCACCUGGAGGCGGUCCUAUGCUCAGUGGAGGAGGGGGCGUGGCAGGAUGCUGCCCCUCUCCUAGUCAAAACUGCUGGGAUGCUCUGCUCGGGGGUCAUAGUGGCACUCCAGACUGUGGUGGAGUGACUCCCACUCCAGCUCCUCCAGACCACUUCACUGGGGCACAGUGUUCGUGGCCAUUGCUGCUGCUCCGUCACCACUUCACCUGUUACAGUGCCUUCUAGGGGUGGGGCCGGGGCUAGGGAAGAUCCUCUGGGCAGGGUGGCUCUGGAUCCCACCCAGAGAUUGAGCUGGUCAGCACAGUGAGUAAACCGUGGCGCUGCCUCUGA